GACUAUCUUACUACUGGAUCCGAUAACCAGUUCCUAGUAACGACGGCUCUGUGCGUGAACUGUGCUGUGCUCUAUCUCAACUGGUGAUUCGGUCCUAUCCGCAAUGAAUAAUACCGUCCAUGAUGAAAUUGAAGUAAGAAGAUUAAUCUCUGUUAAAUAACGGUUUUAUGGCCAGCACUAUAACUAGGACUGUAGUGCAAAACUUACCGUCGAAAGUUGGUUGAAGCGUGUAGAACGUCGAAGACAACUUGCCUACACAUCCGACUACGAUUUUACCAGUGAUCAACAGAUGAACGAUGAGGUGGUAGCGAAACGUGGCUCCUGGACAGGGCGCUACGAUUUUCUCCUUUCGCUACUGGGCUAUUCGGUUGGUUUGGGCAAUGUUUGGCGAUUUCCCUACCUGUGCUACAGCAAUGGAGGAGGUGCCUUCCUAAUACCCUUCACCGUGAUGCUGGUCAUAGCCGGGCUGCCACUAAUGUUCAUGGAGCUUUCUCUGGCGCAGUACGUGGGUUUGGGUCCGGCUAUUCUUUUUAAACGGCUUGCGCCGUUGUCAGAGGGUAUCGGAUACGGUAUGAUACUGGUGUCGUUAAUGGUGAUGCUCUACUACAACGUCAUUAUCGCCUGGACCGUAUUCUAUAUGGUGGUGUCAUUCGAGACACCACUACCGUGGAGAGGCUGCCAGCACGAGUGGGCUACUUCGAACUGUUUUUCGUACGAAGAGGAAGACGAUUGUCUGGCCACCGAUGGGUCUUAUUAUAAGGGCUCCUGCUUGUCCAUGGAACAAUAUCGCUUAUUGAAUGCAACCGUCCGCACGCCACGAAAACCACCAGCGGAAGAAUUUUUCAAAAAUUAUUUUCUUCAACUAUCGUCUGGCAUCGAGGAGACCGGCAUGAUAAACCAACGGCUCGCCAUCUGUCUGCUAGCAGCUUGGGCGAUUGUUUUCCUCUGCCUGUCCCGCGGUGUCAAGAGUUCCGGCAAGGUAGUCUACUUCACCGCUCUCUUCCCGUACGUGGUACUUGCGGCACUUUUCAUACGUGGCCUAACAUUACCCGGAGCGUACGAUGGCAUUCUGUACUACGUGCGGCCCGACUGGGACAAACUGCGCACCGCUCAGCUAUGGGGAGACGCCGCCGUUCAAAUCUUUUUCGCUCUCAGCCCUGCCUGGGGCGGGCUAUUGACUCUGGCCUCAUACAAUCGGUUCGACAACAAUUGCUAUCGGGACGCGAUCGUGGUAGCAAUAUCGAACAUACUGACCUCAUUCUUUGCCGGAUUCGUAAUAUUUGCUAUCAUAGGCUUUUUGGCACACGAACUGGACACUGGGGUGGAUAGCGUUAUCGAUCAGGGUGCCGGGUUGGCAUUCGUUGUGUUUCCCGAGCUCGUGGGAAAGCUACAGAUGCCUAGGUUGUGGUCGGUUCUAUUUUUUUUCAUGCUUCUUACGCUCGGGCUAGAUUCACAGUUUACGCUGAUGGAAACGGUUGUGACCGCCGUACUGGACACGUUUCCUGCGUUACGUCGAAGGAAGAUAGCCGUCGUGGCCGGUGUUAGCAUCGUCGGAUACCUCGGUGGAUUAAUUUUUGUGACAAACGGCGGAAUGUACUGGUUCCAGCUGUUUGAUAAGUACGCUGCAAACUGGUCCGUGCUGCUGAUAGCCAUCGCUGAGUGCGUUCUGGUCGGGUGGAUCUACGGAGCUGAACGGUUCAUCUGCAACAUAGAGGAAAUGAUGGGCAAACGGUCGAAAUGGUUUCACCGGUUUUGGGUGACGGUUUGGAAGUACAUCACCCCCGCAAUGUUGUUGUUUAUACUUUGCUUUAACUGGCUGCAAUACAAACCAGUGUCAUACGGACGGUACACCUAUCCGGACUGGGCCGACGUAUUUGGGUGGAUUAUUGCAUUGGCACCGGCUGGAAUUGUGAUCUUGGUGGCUAUAAGAAAAAUGUGCAUCAAUCCCGGGCCGUUUACGUGGCAGUCGUUUCGAAAACUGAUGCAACCCUCGGUGGAAUGGAAACCAUCACAGCCCCGAUUGGCUUCGGAAAUGGCGUAUGCAAACAGUAGCGGUAUCGAACUAUAACGCAGAAUCCCUUCGUUGGAAUUAUUAGAUAGAUGUAGAUAGAAUUAGAACUAUAACCAAUACACCUUGCCAACUCAACGCAAAUUAGUUAUAGGGCUGUGUACACGGAAGUUUCAAAAUGAUUAAAUCUUUAUUCAGGUCUUUCAAAUCAA